CUAUAGAAAAAGGGUACGUACACAGAAAGUAACGUACACUUUCCUGGCCCGAGCUGUGUCCUCAAUGCCACGGUGGUGCAACUCGUAAAUCAUUCCCCAACCCCCCUCCGUCCCUCCCCCAUCCACACACACAUCCACACCAACACCAACACCAACCCCCCGCCGUGUAAUGCGCCCCUCCGCGGGGACGUCGCCAGCGCCAUGGGCGAGAAGACGAGAUUCCAAAUGCUGAUGCGGCCGCGGCCGCGGCAGAACCGCCGCCAGCUGCGCCAGCUCACCCUCGUCCUCGGCGUCGUGCUGGCCCUCUACUGCUUCGUGUUCGUCUGGCGCACGCCCACGUCAUCGUCCGGGUCGACUGGCGGGUCGGGGCGCCGAGGGAAGCCGCCGCCGCCGCCACCGGAGGUGUUGAAUAAUCUCUCGCUUGACGAGGAACAGUGCAACGCCUACUUCCCGGGGCUUACAAAGGAGAUUGACGAUGUCGUGGCCAAGGGGCCGUUUCAGGUGAAGCAGACGGGAGAUAUGGGGCCGUUGCAGGGGCGGAUUAAGAAUGGACAAAUACACAUCAUCCACGCACAGCGCAAGUCGGACAUCUCGCAGGAAAUGAUGAACCCCACACGCUCACACCCGCUCCGCACACGCACACAGUCACGAACAGCCUCCCUGCACCAGCUGCACCGCGCGCUGCUGACCUCGCCGACGCCGCUCCCGGACACCAUCUUCACGCUCAACUUCCAAGACCAGCCGUUCGGGACGGCGUGGGCGUACUCGCGGCACGCGGACCCGCAGUUCGGGUCGUCCUCGCGGGACGGCAACGCGCGCACCUUCCUGAUGCCGCACUUCUCCUUCUGGGCGUGGAACCUGCCCUUCAUCGGGUCGAUGGGGCGGGCGGCGGCGGCGAUCGCCGAGCUGGAGGCGGCGUACGCCGCGCCCGGCGCCUGGCACGGCAAGAUCGCCAAGGCGGUGUGGCGCGGCACGACGUGGUUCAACAGCGUGCACAGCCCGCGCAUGCGGCAGAACCUGGUCAAGGUUGCGCGGGGCAAGCCGUGGGCCGAUGUCGAGCCGCUCGAGUGGAGCAAGGCCGGCAGCAAGGCCGGUAACAAGGCCGGUGGCGAGGACGGCAAGAAGGCCAGCAACGUGCUCCCGAUCGAGGGCUUCUGCCGGUACAAGUACGUGGUGCACACCGAGGGCAUCGCGUACAGCGGGCGGUUCCAGUUCCUGCAGAUGUGCGCCAGCGUCGUGCUCACCCCGCCGAUCCAGUGGAUGCAGCAUCUGACGCACCUCGCGAGGCCGCUGUUCUCGAGCGAUUUGGAUCUCAAGCGGGGCGAUGGUGGGAAGGGUUGGACGCCGACUGAGAAGGUCAGGAGGGCGUGGCCGGUGGGAUAUAAACCAGAGGAGGCGAAUAUUGUGUUUGUCGCCCCAGACUGGUCGGAUUUGGGCGAGACGGUGGCCUGGUUGGAGGAGCACCCUGACAUCGCCGAGGGUAUCGCGAGGAGGCAGAGGGAUAUGUUUGUUGGUGGGGGGUAUUUCAGCCCGGCCGCCGAGACGUGUUACUGGCGGGCCAUGGUGAGAGGGUGGGCGAAGAUGGCGCGGACCGAGGGUCAAGGGUGGGAGGAUACCGAGGGGAUCACAUUUGAAGCGUUUAGCCUGACAAACACCGUGUAA